GUAGGCUUAUAUCCGUCCGAAUAGACAGUCACAGGGCCUUGGUCUUCUGUAAAAUAUCAAAGACAAACUGUAUUAUAAACUUCUGCAUGAUUCGCUUUGUGUGCAAUUUCCUUUGGUUAAAUGCUCCACUUCCUUUUAUGAUUUGUUUAUGCUUGAAGUUCGUGAGCUAAUGAAGAGCUGACUGUGUGCUUGAUUUUUAAAUGAUAUCUUUGUUCUCUGUUGACCUGGAGCUAUAAGUGAAGUAUUUGAGGACUGUUCAUGUAGUCUAAAUACAGCUUUGGAAAAAUAUCAGAAUCUGUCCCCAGAAGCAAUUGUACGAGGAGAAACAGCGACUGACUGUUUCAGCCCUGAUGAUGCCACCAUUGUUGAACGCCCUUGUUGUUAUGAAUCCAAAGGACACUAAAUUGACACACUUACAUUGGCUGCAACUAUCACAUUUGUUUUCUGGGGUGAGACUAAGAUGAUUUUCUCCAUUGAAUUUUCCACACAGUUGACCAACAUUUCGAGCCGCUGUUAAUAUCAUAAUUGGCAUAUAAAAAGAAAUGAAGCUGUCAAUGUUAAAAUUGGUUUCUUGUGUCAGGCCAUUUUCCAAAUGUGACACAAAGACCUGAUCUUAACAGUGAGAGGGGGAAAAGCACACUUCCCCUUUGUUUACAUGCUUAUAGUUUCAAGGCUUUUCUGGAAAAGAGUGAUAAAUGACUUUUUUCCCCUCAGACUAAGCAUUUUUUUUACAUAAGCAUUUUUAAUUAGAAUGGAUUUCGAGGUCAAACAAUCCAAGCGCAACCCCAUCUAUUGUUUCACAUCCAUCAUACGUUUUCCUGCAAAUGUCACAUGUUGACAAUAUAUUGCCGUGCCUUGAUUAUUUUCUCCAGCACAAACACAAAUUUGAAACUUCGUAUCCUACUUCUAAAUUGUAAUGAUUGAUGUUGUGCUUUUGCAAAAAGAAAGCAAACAUAACUAAAAUGUGGCCCUUGAUGGAAACAAGUGUUCUUGUAGGACAGAUUUUUUUACUCCACGUUUUAUUUGUUUAUUUUGCUUUGGCUUAUCAACAGAAAAUUUUGAUCCCAGUGCUGUAUGGUCUUUGAGAAAUAUUCUUCAAUUUGUUAAAUGCUACUCCUGGUAGAGGUUUACUGUCAAAUUAAACAUCAAACAAAGAGGAAUACUGUAAACAUUUUGAAUUUAAAACGGCCAACUUAAAGUUUACCAGCUCAACACAUAGGAAACACCAUUGACUGGUUAACAAAUAGCAUUGCAGUUGCUGACACAGACUGUCAUGCUUUCAGCAAUGGGUGUUUGAACACAAAUGGAGGACCAACACAUGUCGUCAGCUAAUAUAACAAUACUCACAGGCAUAUAUUCUUUACUCUCUGUAAAGGAUGCUUGAUAUUAUUUUGGCUUACUGCAGUUUGACCGAUUGCAAACAACCCUUCAAAAAAGAAGCCUCUAGCUGUUUUAACCUAACACUGCCACUUACUUGAAGUUUACUGUCAAACGAAACAUAAAAAAAGAGAAUUACACCUGUUGUAUUUGAAAGAACCACAUAAUGGGUAAAUUUGCAACCUUCAUGCUAACACCACACACCAGAUAACAAAUACCGGUAGUGUCAGUGUUACUGUGUUAUAACCCUUUCAGCAAUGGAUAUAGAGCACACGGUGGAGCAACACAUGUUGAGAGAUGAUAUAACAAACUCACAAGCAUACAUACUUUAUCCAUUGUGAAGAAUAACCAAUAUCACAACCGCUACACAUUUCAAUUGUGAAAAAAUUUCCUGUGUGUCUGGUUGUCCGUAUUGUACUGCCCCCAGUUGGCAUGUGCAAGUACACCCACGCCCAUUGAAGCAAAAAUGUGUUUAAAAAAAACUAAUAAUAAACUAUUAUUAUUUACAUUCCAUCGAAUUAUAGCAUGACUGUAUGCUUUCAAAAAGUGCAAAAUUUGGCUGUAGAGUUCUAUGUUUGGUUUUUGGGAGAGGCUGGAAAGGAUGAUUGGCAUUUCCAUUCAUUUCAAUUGGGGAAGAUGAUUUGUGACUUGCACCAAAGUACUUGAGCUAUGUUACCAAUUAGGAAUUUUGAGAAAUUGAUUCAUGGAGGUUUGCUUCAACAUUUUCUUUCAUGCACUCAUCCUCCGAGUAACAUCAGCGUACAAGGAGGAGUCUAGUGAAGUCUCACAUGGUGUGCUGGGCCUGCAUCUCUCCUCUCGCCAAGUAUUCUAUCAUAUAACUCACGUCACGUCGGUCACAGCGGCUUCUUUGCUUUCUGCAAAGAAGCUCUCUUGUUAGGCGGGACAGUCGCCUUCAGCGUGCCCAAGGCACAAAACAUGAUUUGGAAAAAGUACAUGUUCUGGAUUUUGGUGUUUUUCAUCUUGAAUGCAUAAACAAGCCGAGGAGACUCACUUUUCUCGUGGAUUGCUACUGGAGCAAUGGACUUUUUCAACAAUUCCCAGAACAACAUCUCCAUGCACCACUACUACCUGGGUGACUACCCGCAAGACAAUGAGACCAACUCAACUGGGGCGGAACCCAACUCGAUGGGCUGCUUCCAGCUGUGGAUCCCACAGGAGCUCUUCCUGUCUCUGGGCCUUAUCAGCCUAGUGGAGAACAUCCUCGUUAUGGUGGCUAUCAUCAAAAACCGAAAUCUUCACUCACCAAUGUACUACUUCAUCUGCUGUCUGGCCGUAUCAGACAUGCUGGUGAGCGUCAGCAACGUGGUGGAGACCAUCGUCAUGCUUCUGCACGACCACGGCCUUCUGGACAUGCAACCGGGCAUGCUGCGCCACCUGGACAAUGUGAUCGAUGUGAUGAUCUGCAGCUCGGUGGUGUCGUCGCUUUCCUUCCUGAACACCAUCGCGGCGGACCGCUACAUAACCAUCUUUUACGCGUUGCGCUAUCACAGCAUCAUGACGACGCAGCGCGCCGUGGGCAUCAUCGCCGCCGUGUGGCUGGCCAGCAUCACCUCCAGCAUCUUCUUCAUCGUCUACCACACGGACAAUGCCGUCAUCGUGUGCCUGGUGACCUUCUUCUGCUCCAGCCUGGUCUUCAACGCCGUGCUCUACCUACACAUGUUCCUGCUGGCGCACGUCCACUCGCGCAGCAUCACCGUCAACUUCAGCAAGAAGCGUCGCCCGUCCACCAGCAUGAAGGGCGCCAUCACGCUCACCAUCCUGCUCGGUGUAUUCAUCGUGUGCUGGGGACCCUUCUUCCUGCACCUCAUUCUCAUCCUUAUCUGCCCUACCAGCCCCUUCUGCAACUGUUUUUUCCGGAACUUUAACCUCUUUCUCAUCCUGAUCAUAUGUAACUCUCUUAUAGACCCGCUCAUCUAUGCCUACAGGAGCCAAGAGUUGCGCAAAACUCUUCAGGAGCUGCUCCUGUGCAGCUGGGUCUUUGAUGUGUGAUGCUUAUCCUGCAUGGAAGAAGGAAGAGAGACACCGCCGCCAUUCCGCUGACUGGAACAGUUCAGUUCAGAAUGGGAAAACCUGAUCUCGCAUGCGUUUCUGAUGCAGACACGUAUCUUAUAAGCACUUACACUGCAAGAGUAAACUAUUGACUUUUAAGUCAAAAUAUUGCUGCCUAAACACUAAACUUAUUCUGUAUUUAAUCUUUUCUAGUCAAAUCAAUCAAAAACUGGCUGUUGUUUAUGUAAAAAAAUAUUUGAUUGUUGAAAGUAUGUGCACAUGGAUGAAAUCCUAUAUGAAAACAUUCAAAAUAUGAGUGCAUGGAUGGAAUCAUCUGUCAUGUUUGCAACUAACAAUGCUGCAGAAGGCUGACCAGAUAUUGUGUGGCGUGGCCAACAACGCGACAGAACUGCCGCUACCUUAGCAAUGACAUGAAUUGCAAACAAAAAUGCUUGUCUAAUAAUUAUAGCUUGUAGCUUACCAUUCUUCCAAUCGCAAUGGGUUAUGUCUCCACUCCAUGUCCGGGCACAACAUUUUCCAAAUUGUGAGCAUCUGGUUCAUUCAUGUAUGGUCCAAUAAUAUGAUAUUAUAUUACAUAUAAUAUAUUUUAUAAAACGUCGCUUUCCGAAUCAAUUUCUGACUGACGGCGUACCCUGACUGACUCUAUCAUUGUUUUAAGGUAACAUCACACACGGAUUUGUCGUUCACCAGGGUUUUAGUUUGAGGGAUUUUUUUUUUUCCAGAGAAUUUUGUUUUCAUGCUGUAUUUAAUGUGUUGUGUCUAAUUACUUUACUGGUGACAUAAAAAAAAUGUCUGAAAUUGCUUCAGUUGGCCUUUAAGUCCGGUUAUGUUGGAAAAUAAUACUAUACUGUAAAGCCUGGCAGACGUUUAUUGAAUGCAUACAAUUUUUGCUUUAUUGUAUGGGUUGCGGCCAGCGUGGUGAUCGAGUGGUUUGCAUUUCUGCCCACAGUACAGAGGUCUAGGGUUCGAAUCUGGGCUCCGGCCUUCCUGUGUGGACUUCACAUGUUCUCCCCGUGCUUGCGUGGGUUUUCUCCCACCCUCCGAAAACCUGCAUGCUAUGUUAAUUAAACACUCGAAAUUGUCCACAGGCGUGAUUGAGAGUAUGAAUGGUUGCCUGUCUGUAUGUGCCCUGCGACUGGCUUGCAACCAGUUCAGGGUGUACCGCGCCGUCCGCCCGAAGACAACUGGCAUGCUGCAGCCUAUCCCAGCGGUCUUCGGCAGUAUGUCAGGUACACUCUGAACUGGUUGCCAACCAAUCACAUUGCACACAAUUUGGAUUUACUCAUUUGAAUGACUUCAUUGUCUCUCACUCAAAAACACUGGAAAUCAACUUGCAUCUUGUUUUUUUUUUUAAACAGACUAUAUAGGUAAUAAAAUGCUUGCAUAUACACCACUCUAAAUUAAAUGUCAGGUAGAUUAUGCAUUUUCUAAAAUCAUUUCAUUUUUAAAUGGGGGAGAAAAAAAGCACAAAUAAAAAUUUUCCUUAAGGCUUUGAAAUUUUCCCUCACUUAUGUGGGUGACAUUACACUAAACAUGGACAAUGAAAUUAAAACUUGAAAUAAAAA